AUGUCUGAAGAGGAAGUUGAGGAGAUGCAACAAGAAUCUGAUGACCCAAAACCCAAACCAAAGUAAGUCCUCUCGAUGGCUGUGCCAAAGAUACCAGAGGGAGAGAAAGGCGACUUUGAUGACAUCCAGAAGAAGCGCCAGGAGAAGGAUCUUGCUGAGCUGCACUCUCUGAUCGAGGCCCACUUCAUCCAGCGGAAGAAGGACGAGCAGGAACUCAUCACUCUCGUUAACAGGAUCGAGAAGCGUCGUGCUGAGAGGGCUGAACAGCAGAGGAUCCAUGCUGAGCAGGAGAACGAGAGACUGGCACAUGUUGCUGAAGAAAAGGAGAGAAAGGAGCAGGAGGACGCAAGCAAGAAGCAGGAUGAGGACGCCAAGAAGAGGAAAGCUCUGGCAAACAUGACUCACCAGUAUGCCGGCGUCCAACAAAGGCAGGACGGCAGGAAGGGAGCUAGGAAGCAGACAGAGCGAGAGAAGAAAAAGAAGAUCCUUGCCGACCGGAGGAAGCCGCUCAACAUCGACCGUCUCAGUGAGGUCAAACUGAAGGAGAUAGCCGAUGAGCUGUGGCACUGGCUCAUGACACUGGAGGCUGAGAAGUACGAGCUCACCGAGAAACUGAAGAGACAGAAAUAUGAUAUCAAUGUGCUCCAGACCCGAAUCGCUGUGCAGCAGAAGAUCGCCAAGGGAAGAGUCAAAGCCAAAGGCAGGCUGCGAUAGGAGUUCUCUGAGGGAACAUCUGAAGACGUGCAGCAGUGGUGAAUCAGAUUUAUUACAUAGUGCCUGACAUUUCGUGGGAGGUAUAGUGGACAGUGUGUCCUCCAUCCGUCAGGGUGUCAAUCUGCUGGUCAGUCUAUAAUCAUUUCAAGAGCAGAACUCAAAUACCCUUUUAAUGAAAUGCCUUUUAUGUAUUGAUAUUUCGCAAGUUUGGCCUAGAUUUUAAAUACCAACAUUACUGUCACUGUGCAACUGUGUUUCUUUUCUAGAUUUGGACACUGCACUUGUGUGUUAUUUUUUCAAGAUCUUGGAUGCCAUACUAUACUAUUGUUGUUUGUUCUAGAUUUUGAGCCACUAUUCUAUAUAUUGGACAACACACUAGUGUUUCCUUUUGAUUGCCACACUAUGUACUGUCAUUUUUUUCUAGAUUUUUGAAGCCACACCAUAUGGUAUGUUGUCCAUUUCUAGAUUUUUGCAGCGACGCACUGAGCAGUCAUUUUUUUUCUACAUUUUCGAAGCCGGAUCAUAUGUUAUAUGAUAUAGAUUAUUGGAGCGUCACACUCCACGGCUGUGUUCCUUUUCUAGAUUUUGGAACCAGGCACCAUAAAAUGUGUUAUUUUUUCUAGAUUCUGGGGGCGUCGCACUGUUCUUUUUGCUAGAAACCGUCAUAAUGUCUUUUCUAGAUUUUUGAAGCCGCACAUAUAGUAUGUCUGUUUUCUUGGAGUGGCAAACUGCGGUCGUGGUUUUUUUUUUCUAGAUUUUUGAAACCAUACUGUACUUCUACAUUUUUUAAGCCACACUUUAGUGCACUUACUUUUUGGUUACCUCACUUAUAAUGUUUUUGUUUUUUUUUCUAGAGUCUGGA